UAGAUGCUUGCCUUCUUUCUUUGAUCCAUGGUAGCAAUAAAAUUUCUUCUCUGCAGAUUGUUUGUCUCCAUAUUUUUUCAAAAGAAAAAAAAAAAAAACUCAACUCAUACAUUCCUUCUUCUCCCUUAUACUUUUUCAUCUUCCUUUGUUUGCAAAGAACAAUCAAGGAUUUUGAAAAAGUAGUGUUGACAAUUAGUGAGUGUUUUGUGUUCUUAUCUCUGCUACGUGUUCUGAUUCCUGAUAAGAUAACCAUGGCUGAAUCAUUUAUCUUCAGCAUUGUGGAGUCACUCAUUGAAAAGCUUGCUUCUCGGGCUUUCCAAGAAGCUUCUGAGGCGCUGGACGUAUACGAUCAUCUACGAGAGUUUGAAAAAACUCUCUCAUUAGUCAAGGCAGUGCUGCUAGAUGCUGAGCAAAAGCAGGAGCAUAACCAUGAGCUUCGGCAAUGGCUGAGGCAGCUCAAAAGUGUCUUCUAUGAUGCCGAAGAUGUGUUGGAUGAAUUUGAGUGCCAAACACUGCGAAAGCAAGUGCUCAAAGUUCAUGGUAACAUCAAAGACGAGGUAAGCCACUUCUUCUCAAGUUCUAAUCCACUUGUUUUUCAUUGCAAGAUGGCUCAGAAAAUCAAAGAUUGCAGCAAGAGGCUAGACAAGGUUGCAGCUGAUAGGCACAAGUUUGGUCUCCGAAUAAUUGAUGUUGACACACGAGUUAAAAUCAUCAAUUCUGCUAAUGUUGCUGAUGCUCCUCUUUCCCAACAGAAUUUAAACUUGGUCGAUUUAGAGCAAUUACAAAAUCAAUUGAGAAAAGGAAACUUGCUGGAAGUAAAAUUCUGGUGACUACACGUAUUGAUUCCAUUGCUUCCAUGAUGGGCACCGUUACCUCUCACAAGUUACAAAGCCUUUCUCCGGAGGAUUGUUACAAAUGCAGGAACAAGGGGGAAGAACACCCUAGCUUCGAGGGCUAGGAACCUCCAUAAGAGAGAAAGAUAAGGAAGGAAAACUUGUAUUAUUUUUCUGUUGUCCUCUAUUACAUACUAAGCAUCCCUUAUAUAGAGGCAUUAACCAAGGUUGCUACUACGAAAACAGAAGGUGCUAGAAUGCCAAAAUAAAAUAACAGAAAAGUGGAAAAUGGCAACAAUGCAGUGUUGCACGAUGGGAAGCAACAUGCCACAACAUAUUCCAUAUGAACCAAUAUCCUAGCUCAGCACCUUCUAACAAAUUUUGUUAAAGGGAAUCCACCCAGGGGUUUGUGCCCUUAGUGGUGCUUUUUCUGGUUUGUUUUGUCCAUCCUAACAUUCCCUGGCCCAUCAAAAACACCUUGUCCUCAAGGUGUCGGGGCUUCAAACUAUGGCUACCAAAAGUAAUACCAGGGUCCCAAGGUCUGUUGCGGCAAAACUCACUCAGUUUAGCACCUAUCCAUAGUGCAAAGACAAUGAGUAUGCACUUGCGUGAGACCAUGAUAGUCCCAAAGAAUCUAGGUCCCAGCUCAAACAGCGCGAUGUCUCAAUGUUCUCCAUGCUUGGUGUGAGGAGCUGUGGUAUGGCCAUAAUGAAGGAUAGCACUGAAGAGGUUGUCGGAAAUGGGAAUAGCGGCACAAGCGUGACCAAAAGUGGGAAGAUGCAAAGCAUGCCUAGGAAGCGAACCCGACAAUGGUGGAAGGGAUGGUUGUGCGGAUGGAGGCUCCGUUGGCAUGGGAAGCGGAGGCGGCAUGGCUGGCGAAGGUGGCAUGGUCGUGGGUGCGGUGAGCGUGGGUGAUGGAGUCGGCUUGAGCGGCGGAGGCAACGGUGGAGGCAGUAGUGGAGUCCGCGGCAGAGUCAGUAUUGGAGUGUGGGUGAGGAAUGUCUGUGCAGAGAAAGAAGAUGGAGGUGGAGUCGGCAUGGGCGGCGGAGGUGGCGGUGGUGACUGCACAAAGGAUGAUGGGUAGUGGUGGAUGGUUCUCGGAGGCAGUUUUAGGAGAAGGGCAUUCAAUUGGGAGUCGAGGCGGCGUUGAGCCGCAUCAAGUUUGGCCAAGGCGGCCUCAAGGCGGUCUACACCCGCGGGAGAAGGUUCUGCGUCCGCCAUUUGAGGUGGGUGCUGAAAUGGGAGAAACAUAGCUGGUUUCCGAAAUGAACACUACUAAAAAAAUGAGUUUUAACA